UGAUAUUGAGAAUAGUGAUGAUGGACCAUUGAUUCCAGACAGUCGGGUUGAACCUCCAACGUGCGUCAAACGUGCCAGGAGACCCCCCACCUUUCCGAUGCAGAACCCCGCGCUCGCCAUGCGCAUGCCUCCGCCAGCUGAUGUGGAUCUGGUUGUGACCAAAGGACUUGGCAAAGGAGGUUUGCUCCGUUAUCGAAUGGGGAUACCACUAGAUGCGGAUCAGCGCACUCGGAAUGCCGCCGCAUUACACUUUUAUACGGAAGCCAAACGACUAUGCGGUCACGAUCUCUCCAUGCCGUUUUCAUGGUACGUUGCCCACGGGCGUGCUGAGGAGAUGAUUCGAAGAGUGGUGGAUGGAAUGAACGAGAAUGGUCAUGGCUGGACGCCUAGGCUCGCCCGGGAUGUCCUGAUGAAUUCAUGCCAACGUCACGUCCAGAAUGCCCGCCGCGCUGAAAACGAAGUCAGACGCCAAUCGGGGAACCCGGAUGACAAGCCACGGAGGGGACGUCCAAAGACUGGCAGGAUAGCACAGCGGCCCACUGUCCGCGAUCUUGUUGCCAAUAUGAAGGCGCUGCCGGAAUCUCUAGGCAAAGCGCCUCGUUCUUCCCCUUCUACGCCCCAACCUAAAUCUACAGAUACAACCACCAGCCAGAACCCAUCGGGAGACUUUGGCAGUGAGACCGCACGGCCAACAACAACGCCGGUGGCCACCACAGCCGCAAAACAAACCCGGGGUCCGACUGCCGGGCGCAGCGAACGGAAGGCUACAAUAGAACCACUCCGCUCGUUCCCAUCACCACACCCGAAGGUUAUCAAGUCGGCUAAACAGCACAGGGCCCAGAUGGCGCCUAUUCCUUCCAACAAUACCAGCAAGAGGACACGUCAUCAAACCGAGUCAGCAAUCGUGCCAUCCUCACAUACACCCGUCUCUAUGCCAUUAUCAGCUCCUCCGUCCUCUCAGGUUAAAUUGGGAGGACAUAUUGGCCAACAUCGCAACAGGCAGUCAAAAUUGAGGGCAGAUGAGCAGCCCCAGCAUACAAGGAUUUCUCCCACGUCCAAGUUAAUUACUAACAGCAAUACUUCGAUGUCUUCCGGAAGCGCCGUCUUCUCCGAGCCGGAAGUCAAUGUUCACUACCGCGCCGUUGUUAAUAGGAUAUCGACUUUACUGUCAAAAGCAUUCGAAUAUGACGAUUUCCUACGAGCUGUCCACAGUGCCGCCCGCAAGUCUGUCAAGGGUCCCGUGCCAUCUGCCGACAUGAGUAUAUGGUAUCGUCGAAGCGCUGGGAAAGAAGCGAUAAUAUACGAUUCAGAUGAUUACAACAAAUUUGUCGAACGAAUGGAUCAGGAUGACAUCCAGCUAGUUGAAGGAUGCGUAGUUUUCUCGCUCGUUCCUGCAGCUCGGUGGGAGCAGGAAUACGACUCUGCCGAGGAUAUUCAUCAGCGAGAACCCACCCCAACCCCGCUUCCCCGUCCCCGAUACCGUCCUUCCAGGUCCAGACAAGAUUCCACUUCACAACCUAACCACCAACGCUGAAGUAUCGGGUUCUUCUGCAGACGACCGGACCGUCAUCAAUACCACGGCCCCGAAUCCGAGAACGAAAGUUCAGUUUUCACUGACGCCCAUUUCCACUGGACAGUUUGCCGGCAUUGGGAGUGUUGAGCAGCAGACAAACCUGUCAGUCGGGAGGUCUAUCUCCGAUCAUGCAUCCGUAACCGGCAAGAACGUCACCAAAAGCACACCUAUUGCCAAUAUCCGGGUGC